CCGGAGGCGUUGCCCAGAGCCGCUUGGGGCGCCACAAGCGGACCCCGGCCGAGCCCCGCGGCGUCCGCGCACGGAUACGAGGAGUCAGCCGGCCGCCGGACUCUAUGGUGGCGGCGCACAUGGAACCCGCCAGAGCCAGCCCUAUGUCGGCGCGGGCCAAGGACUUCUCCAUCGAUGCCCUCAUCAGCCGCCGACCCUGCGACAGCUCCAACGACGGCUCGGACGCCGACACCCCUGGACCGCCGCUGCUGCUCGACGCCGACAAGUUGUGUGAGCCAAGCAGUCCCUUGCUGCUUCGCUCCCAGAGGCGCUCGGCGUCGUCUCCGGAUACUGGAGCUCCCGGUCUGCAGUUCCUGGGCCGCUUCGGCGGCCCCGGCUCGGCAUCGGCGCGGCUGGAAGCGUCGCCGCCCUCGAGCGUCUCGUCGCUGGCCGACGACGAACUCGCGGAAGCGCCCGGCGGCGACUUCGCCUCACCCGCGCGACGGCCCGACAGCGAGCCCGGCGGCCCCGAGUCCGGCGGGGCGCCGACCGGUGGCUCGCGGCCCGGCAAACAGCGGGAAGGUGCCUCCAAGGGCUCCGCACGCGUCGAGAACCCCCAAAUCUUGCCUCGCUGCAAUUGCGACGAGCUGAGGAACGCUGACGCUCAUCUGGAGACAAAAGACCUGUGGGAGAAGUUCCACGAACUCGGUACCGAGAUGAUCAUCACCAAGACAGGAAGGCGGAUGUUUCCUACGCUACGCGUCUCAUUCAACGGCCUGCAUCCUGACGGGCGCUACGUGGUCCUACUAGACAUCGUUCCUGUGGACAACAAGCGGUACCGGUACGCGUACCACCGGUCCUCGUGGCUGGUGGCCGGCAAGGCGGACCCUCCGUCGCCGGCGCGCCUCUACGCGCAUCCGGACUGUCCCUUCACGGGGGACCAGCUGCGGAAGCAGGUCGUCUCCUUCGAGAAGGUCAAGCUCACAAACAACGAGAUGGACAAGCAGGGACACAUCGUGCUGAAUUCUAUGCACAAGUAUCAACCACGGAUCCACUUGGUCAAGCUGCGGCCGGACUGCUGCUCAAAUCCACCCGUCAUAACGGACCUCGAAGCCGAGCAAUUUCGCACUUAUAUCUUCCCUGAAACAGUGUUCACCGCUGUAACAGCAUAUCAAAAUCAACUAAUAACCAAACUUAAAAUAGACAGCAAUCCAUUCGCCAAGGGCUUUAGAGAUUCUUCAAGACUAACAGAUCUAGAAGGAGAAUCUGUGGAAACAUUACUUCGAGAGCAUGCUUUUCGACACUCGCCCUUUAGGGCUUUCAUGACUGGAGAUUUACCGCCAGAGCAUCAAUUCCUCGCCACUGCGGGUGCCUUGGGCCGGCUGCCGACGGGAAGCGAGCUCCUGCUGCUGGCCAAUGGCGCGUCCCCCUGGAAAGUACCUACAGUGCCCAUGGCCAUGGCCGACCUGACGGCACUUAUGAGCGCCCAGCAGCAGCAGAUGCACUCGAUACCCGGCCUCUACCUGGGCUUCCCGCGCACGCUGUUCCCGCCCUUCGCGGUGGCUGGCACAGCAGCGGCAGCGCCCGUGCCGCCUGCGCGCUCCCCGUGCCCACCGCCGCCAACGUCGCCGACGGCGGCAGGUCGCGCCGCCCCCAGUGCCAGCUCACCUGGACCGCCACUGUACCCACCGCGCGCAGCCGCGGCCGCCGCCGCCUAUCCUGGCCUCAAGUUCCACCCCUACUUCCAUCCGAGGCUCCUCAGCGCCGCCGCGGGGCCGCGGGAGGGCAGCCCCGUCGAGUACGACACAGCCGCACCGCAAGUGUGAACGCUGCUGCAACAGCAAUCCAGUGUGCCUGGUGUGCGCCAAUGUGUGGGCAGUGCAAUGAACAGUUCCACAUUUGUACAGUUAAGGGACGACGAACUACUGAACUGUAUAUUGCCCUUGACGAUGGUACGAUGUCCCACGCGUCUAUUGGUUUGCAGGUCAAUGUGUCGCUAUGCUGCGACGCCGAAUCUGCACCACUUCCGAGAAUGUUGAUAUUGGUAAUCUGGCAUCCUCAUGUAUGGAAUCAGCUGGGUUUUCCUACUGUCAUUUGUGCACAAAGCCCGUUGUCUACUGUGCACAAAAUAAUGGCGUGUUUGUAUGCCACAGCUCCUGGCAGCUUGGCACUGUCAUUACGGGUGGACUAUAAUUAUCAGCUCAUGUGGCACUUAGAUUGCACUUUGUGAUGACAAAAGAUAGUCUCUCCUUUUUCUAAUCAACUCAUGCUUGACUGCCGUGGCCAAUGUGUAGUAUUACUGCACAUCCUAUCUGAAAACAUGCGAUUCAGAUGCAAUGCUCUCAGGUCGAUUUCUAAGUUUCGACCUUUUGCAUGCACAGCCAACAUACAAUUUCGGUCAUGACUGUCAUGCAGCCCUUACCUCUUGAGAAGUUGUGAUGCUUACAUAAAUGAGAUCAGAACGGCUGCACCAACCUCUCAAUAUCGGUUCCAGUUAACAUCUCCAUGCCUCACCUGUUAAUGUGGGGGAGGCAGUGCGGCAUAUACUUGAAACAUAUCUUCAGUAUUUGGCUUCCAUCAUCUUUUAUGUUGAUAGUUACAAGACUAAAGUCAGAUAUUGGCAACCAUGAAAGCCUAACCUCCAGAAGCAUUAACUCAUCAAAUCUUGCCUUUGCUUUAUGUCCCCUGCUUUUUCUAACUGUAAAUGUAGAAACUCCCCACAUGUUUUUAUUCUGGCCCAGUGAGCACCCUUUGAACCUAAUUUAUGUUACCAAUGCAUGGAGGCUUAUAUAUCACCUAGCUUUCAUUUACCUAUUAAGAUAUUUUAACGAAAACUGUAGUAUAUGUGACUUCAUUUAAAUACAAAGCCAAUUCCAGUUUCUUGUAUAUGAUAAAUCUGGUAUUCCCAGAUACAUUCCUUGCAGGAGUAAUCACUUCUGCAAACAAUGCAGUGGAAUGAAAGGUUAUAUAGCUCGACACUGCGAAGUCUGUAUCUGCAGGGGCAGUCGCCCUACAGACUCAAGACAUGAUUGCUGCCACUGUUCCCCAUCACUACUUCUGGUCCACACUGAUUCCCAAGUACUUCCCACCGCAUGAUAGUGUUUCAACCUUCACCAUUUUAAAUCAAAGUGAGAACAGCAUAAGAUGACGAGGACAGCUGGACGUAGAGACUCAAAUUAGUAUGCUGUAUCAGUUUUUCUUUCAGUAUACAAAUUCACGUCAUUUGGCUUUGGCAGAGUCUUCAAUUCAGUUGUGUACCACCAACAACCUAGUUUACUUCCAUUAAUGUUUCAUUUCGUGGAGCUUCACAGCAAAAAACCCAAUAUGAUAAAACCUUAGGUUGUGUCUGACAAAAAAUAAACGAGCCCUCAAUCAAUCCCCUCUUUCGCUCAGUAUGAUACAGUCACAGUCUCGGCAAUCUUAAAUAUGUGACCCAUCAUGCAAGAACUUCUAUAAGGGCUACAAAAGUGAGCCUCUCAUUAACAAAGCUUAAUUUUGAGAUGUUAUAACCUUCUCUUUGUUGUAAUAACCAGGAAACACAAUUCAUAAUAUUCACUGGGAAAUAUAGUGGACAGAAUCUGGCACUGAUACAUAUCUGCUCUUUCCACCUACAGAAACAUAGCAGCGCACAUGCAUAGUACUAUGAAACUUUCCUACUCACGGGAAAAGGCAUCAGGAGUGUCGAGACGCUCCUGAUGCCACAAAUCUGAUUGCGAGUGACACAGGUUGAAUAGAAGGGUGGCGAGAGUAAAAGCAGCUUGAGGUGAACAGGCCCCUUAGCUUUCACAUUGCCAUGCAGAUGGCUCUGGUUCCUGAUUAAAUAAAAACAUUUCAGUUGAAGUCCGGGAAUUUUACAUGCCAAAACCACGAUAUGAUUACAAGGUGCGCCAUUGUGGGGGACUCCAGAAUAAUUUGGAACACCUCGGUUUCCAGGGACACUUAAGAUAAAUACUAAAUCAGUUUGAACUGAUCAAUCAUUCUUCUAAAUUUAUACUAUAAUUUCCCGAUCAUAGGUUCAUUAGAAGAAAAGGUGAAAGUCAGAGUUCCAUUUUCUUUGUUUCAUGCUGAGACCCCAGUGCCAGUGCGUCAUUAUGAUGUCACUGAUUUCAAAGUAUUUUUUCUUACUACGGCCACACUGACGCAAUAAAAGUGCCUGACACUUGUCAUGUUAGGUGUUUGGCUCCUUUAGAACACAAUGUAUUCAAUUUUAAUCGAUACAGUAUUAUAGAGGCUCCACCAGAUGCCCUCAAAAUCUAUAACAUCAUCAGCAUUGCCAUCAGCCUCUCCUUCCUAUGCCCUUUCCUGCUUGCCAAGCAUCUACUAAUGGCAAUAGUGGCAUUUUUGGUAGCCUAGAGGGGUAAUUUAUUAUUAUAAAUCAGAUCAUUUUUCUCUUAAAUGUCUCUUUAAUGUACACCUAAAUCCUGAGUAUACAAGCGUUUUUCCAUUUUUCCGCCGUCAAAAUGUGACUGCCCAUGGCCAGGAUUGAAACCCCGACCUUGAGCUCAGCUGAACAUAACCACUAACCUACCAUGGUAGGGAGUCAGAAAGUUGAAACAGAUUUUCAAGAAUUAUAAAGCCUAAGAAUUAAAUUUAAGGUUAAAAAUCUCUUAACCCCCAUCACGUUGGUAGUGAUUACCCACUUCUUACUGUAACGGGUAUAUAAUGCUCGAAAAAACGAAGGAGCACACAAGUUGAGUGCCCUUGUAGUGUCCUCUUUUUUUUGGGGAGGGGGGGUCAUAUUUUCAAGCAUUUUAUACCUGCUACGAUGCUAUACCAAUAAAGCCAAACAUCAACCCUUCACCUAUUUUGUCAAUUUAAAAUUCUCACAUACGAAGUAUGUGAAAUAAAGCUAUCCAUAAUGUUACUUUUGGUGCAUUUUUAUGAAAUAAAAAGGGAUUGUUCAACUGAAAUGGUAAGUUUGAGUGGAAAGCCAUUAUGAACCAUUACCACCAUUGGUAUCUCACUAAGAAUAUAAGGUAGGAUUUAAGCUCUGUUUUGACAGGCUGCCAAGUGCUGUUAGUACACAACAUGGCCCUAAAAGAAUUUUAAUGAGAAGGCAUCUCUGACACAUGCCGGCCUUAAUUGUUAUUUGUUGUUCAUGUUUUCACAGAAUAUUUAACAAAGCAAUUUCAGAGAAAACUGUCCACUUAUCAGUGAACAAUGUACUAAUGGCAUUUUAUGGUUUCCAUUCUUAUUUGUUUAAAACUGCAUGGCAUUCCUUGAACAAUCUAACUUAUGCUAUGAUGACAAACUUAGUGUUACUUUCUGACCGAGUUGGUGUAUCAGGUAUGUUAGCCAACAUUCAGUUAGGUGUUUAAAUAUCAAAUUAACUUCUCUCAACAAUUACCGAAGGUUUGCUUUUUCAAACCAUGUGCUCCAAGAGAAGCACCUAGAAGCGAUAUAAGACACAGAACGCCUUACUUCUUCCUCAGGACACUGAGUGCGCUGCACUAUAACUGAAACGUUUUCAUCAUAAAGCACUACGAAUCACACUUACAGCUUAACACACGCUGCACCAUCAGCAAGGAAACUACCUUAUGCUGCAAACAUUCCAGUUAUUAAACAGAUUAAAUGAGCACUGUUUACGUGUACUAGCUGUCAAGCUUAAUAUAUUAUUCAGCAUGCAGAGUCUUUCUUUUCACUAGUCAACAUUGCAUGCUGCAUAAAAGAGAACCUCUCGAAAAUGCUGUUUCAGCAUGCAUCCACACAUUUGCAUGAGUGUAUCCUAAUAAUGUUUGUUGCAUUGCAUCACACAUGCUGCUGGAUACCAGUGAAAUGCUAAUGGCUGGCAGUGGCUGGUAAGGGUACAAAGAAAGCACUUCAGAAAAAUCAAAAUGUUUAUCACACAAUGUGCAGAUACAAAGAUCAACCUGUGCCAGAAAGAAGCACGUUUCCUUUUCAGUAAGCGGUACUUAAGUAUGAUAAGUGAUGGCUAUCUGACCUAAAAAGAAAAAAAGGCUAUCACAAUUGUAAGUGCACUUGUCCAGCAUGCACAGGGCUUUUCUUUAUUGUGUGUGUGGACUAAGAAAAAUCUAAGUCUGCUGAUAGCAGAGAGUCAAUCACUGCCUUCAAUUGCUGGCUAUGAGCGUAUCAUUUAUCCUCUACAGAACAUUGCCGAGAAGGGGAACCAAGAAUCAAUGUAUCACUAAGGCAGUGUCUAUGUGUGCAAAUGUGUGCGUCAGCAGCAGCCUUCAUGGCACUCGCAGAAGUAAUGUGGUGCACACAUACACGUAUGUGCAAGUAGUAUUUAAGCACUACAAUGUUAGUGAUAGCACACGACAUAAAGUAAAUGAGAUACUAGGUCUGUCGUGAAGGUCCUUUAACAGAAUUGUUUGCUCAAGUCACUCUGACCGCCAUGCUCCAAUCGUGCUACCGUACACUAUCUUGUGGUCUGUUUUGUAUAAUGCUUCAUUCUACAACAAUCCUUCCUGCCCAUACACGGAGAGAAAUAAGAAAUUAAGCAGAGAUAAUAUGGUAAAGAGGCACGACAAGCGCUUAUCUAUCAUUUAGUUGCAUGAUACAACCGCUAAGCAAAUGUAGCUUUUUCAUUUUUUUUUUCGCAAAACGUAGCAAGUGCUGGUUGUCUAAUGCACUAUUAGAAAAAAGAGGCAAUUUACUAUGUGAUGCCCUUUGUUAUUGGAGCAUGGUUGAUGCAGAGCCUUCAGCAAACGGAAUUCCUGAAAGUUUUCGAAUUAUUACGCAUGACCUAGUAUAAGACAAGAAAAAAUGCAAAAUUGAGACGACUGUGUUCUGUACAUACUUUCUUUCUGUUCAUAAUCGAUGGGGUCGUGCGGUGGUAUUGGAACAAGGAAUGUCCUUUUGCCGCAACCCAGUCAGCGACAAUGGAUGCAUUUGUAAAAUAUAUAUUUUGUGAAUAGUGUUUGUAGAUGUGCCGUCUUUUCCAAUUAUGAAUAUAUGCGGAAAUUUCAGGCAUGCAGUCUGUUUUUCAUGUCAAGAUCUAAGCAUUUUCUAGGCACCUGUUGACAACAUGGAGCAGAAACACUGUGACAUAAAACCAAUAAACGUGUACUAUUUCUCAA